GCUGCAGCAGACGACACCUGAAGAUCGCCACACGUCACCGGUGAACUUAAACUCAAAAUAGAAACAAAUACAGCAGCAGCUGACCGAGCGGCACUUUCUGGGACACAAGACUUAUCACGGAGCACAAUCCCACGGCCAAGGAACAGGAGGAGAGAGAGCACCGAGGCACCCACUCACUUGACACACUCUACCUACCACAAAUAAAUCCACCCUCCGGGGCAUUUAUUUUGCACCUUCCUUGUCGUGUGAUUCUUCACCCCGUGACAAGUGGUGGAGAAUGCGGACAUGAGAGUGAAGGAUCACCGACAAGGAGAAUCAUUCGCCUGGAUGCUCACCCCGAUUUUUUUCCCUGUUCUUCCUCCCGUAUAGGUGCGCGCUCCUCCCCCAACUCCUUCUUCAGAAAUCAGCAGCAGAUUGCCAAAUAUCUCGCAGCACGGCAAGGCCAGACGGAACAAGAGCUCGCCGCUCUCUGAGCCGCUAACCCCCCCAUAUCGCCUUCGAAUCCCCGGGUGCAGGCUGUAAGGCUCCUUCCGAAGAUGACUCCUCACGAUGACGUUGAAGCAUAUCUCCAGAUGUUCGAGACAACCGCGACCUUGGAAGGUUGGCCGCCCGCAGACUGGGCCCGGGUACUGGCUUCCCUAUUAACCGGCGAAGCUCAACGAGCUUACUUCAGCCUUCCCGCGGCUACUGCUGGCCAAUAUAAUGCGCUCAAGCGCGAAAUCCUAGCCCGACUGGGCCUAUCGGCCAUAUGUGCAGCGCAACACUUCCAUGAGUGGGAAUAUAAAGCCCGUCUACCGGCCCGGGCUCAGGCCGCCGGGCUUACACAACUGGCGCGACACUGGCUGUUGGGGAGAGUGUGCGUCGCUCCUGGCUCACCCUCCGGGGAAAUGGCGGCGCUCUCUCUCCCCACAUCUCGCUGUUGGGUUGCAUCCACCAGCUCCACGGCUUCCACCAGCUCUACCGUCGAGGUCGGGUUUCUCAUGCCGACUGCUUUUCUGUGGGAGCGAGGGAGUGCCCGGAGGAACCGAUCAACCACGACGCGCUCCAUCACCUGCGUCGCUGAGGGGUCCGCUUCCAACAGCCAGCCGGAGGGCACCCCGCGACACACGAGUAGGCCGGCGGCCCCCUCCGCUCGGGAUGAACCCAUGCCCACAGAGCCUCCCACACCUCCCGCUCGAACCUGGCUGGCAGGCUGCAUCGUGCAUCGGGACCUUCCCGCCGGGGCACCGGAGACCAAGGUAAAGGUGGAUGGAAAACCGUUCCGGGCCCUCCUAGACUCGGGAAGCGCAGUAAGUCUCGUCCAGACACACGUCCUAGCCCCUCGCACGGAGUGCAAGACCUCACUGCCCAUAACUUGUGUCCACGGGGACACUCGCCAGGUUCCGGCCCAUCGCGUGACCAUCUCAGCUGCCCCAGGCACCUGGCCCGUCGAAGUGGGCGUAAUGAGAGAUCUCCCCGUACCCGUCCUGAUCGGCCGAGACUGGCCUGGAUUUGACCGCCUUCUGGCGACCCUCACUCAGCCUGCCAGCCCUGGAGGGGGCCGCCGAAAACAACCAGCCCCGAAGAGGCCGCGACGACGCCCUGUCCUUCUAACCACGGAUAGCGGGUGAGAUGGUGAGUCCCCCUCCCAAAAUUCUAACGUCUUCUAUGAUGUGUUCCAACAGGUCUCGUUUGGCCGAGCCCAACGGGAAGACGACCGGCUGAAGCACUGUUGGUCCCAGGUCCGGAUAAUGGACGGAGAAGAGCGUCAGCCAGCGCCCCAUCCUCUUCCGCACUUCGUCGUCGAGAACGGCCUACUCUAUUGUGUCACACAGCGAAGGGGGGAGGAAAAAAAAGAUACUGGUUGUACCUCGCUUGAAGACGGAGACCGUCAUAACUCUGGCACAUUCCCAUCCCAUGGCAGGGCACCUCAGGCCGGUCAACACUGCCCAACGAAUUAAGGACCGUUUCCAUUGGCCGGGCUUAGACGCCGAGGUGAAACGGUUCUGUCAGGCUUGCCCCACCUGCCAGCUAACAGCGCCCAGGAAGCCUCCCCCCAGUCCGCUGAUUCCACUUCCCAUCAUUGAGGUGCCCUUCAAGCGCAUCGGGAUGGAUCUGGUAGGGCCGCUGCCGAAGUCUGCACAGGGGCACGAACACAUACUGGUGAUCGUCGAUUAUGCCACCCGGUACCCAGAAGCGAUCCCCCUGCGGAAGGCCACAGCCAAGGCGAUCGCCCAGGAGCUGUUCCUUCUAUUCAGCCGAGUCGGCAUCCCAGUAGAGAUCCUGACCGAUCAGGGGACCCCAUUCAUGUCCCGGCUAAUAGCUGACCUCUGCCGGCUGCUGAGGGUGAAGCAGUUGAGGACCACGGUCUACCAUCCCGAGACAGACGGACUCGUCGAGCGCUUUAAUCAAACCCUAAAAUAGAUGCUGAGACGAGUGACAGCUGAGGACAAGCGCGACUGGGACCUCAUGCUCCCGUAUGUCCUGUUCUGAAUCCGCGAGGUCCCCCAGGCCUCAACUGGCUUCACCCCCUUCGAGCUCCUCUUCGGUCGACAACCCCGGGGCCUCCUAGAUGUGGCAAAGGAGGUCUGGGAGCAGCCCGGGAGCAGCCGGCCCCCCAACGUUCAGUCAUUGAACACGUUAAGGAGAUGAGGGAGAGGAUCGACCGGUGAUGCCAUUAGUCCGGGAGCACCUGUGACGAGCGCCCCGAUUACUCAUCAGCGUUGCCCUGGAAACGGAUCAGGAACACCUGCACUUCCUUGUCACCGGUCGCUCGGUCACAGCUGCAGCUCGUUAACGGCCGGGCUAUAAAGUCACGCCGAGCCAAGCCACAAGCGAGUUCAUUCUCCAUGAGACAAGAGCUAACGUCGUUCUCUCCUUUCCCUCGCAGACAGCAGCAGCUGACCGAGCGGCACUUUCUGGGACACAAGACUUAUCAUGGAGCACGAUCCCACGGCCAAGGAACAGGAGGAGAGAGAGCACUCAGAGCACCGAGGCACCAACUCACUUGACACACUCUACCUACCACAAAUAAAUCCACCCUCCGGGGCAUUUAUUUUGCACCUUCCUUGUCGUGUGAUUCUUCACCCCGUGACAUCAGUAUUAACAAGAAUAAGAAUGUGUCAGUAUCAUACUUGUUCUCUAAAAAAAGUGAUACUGUGACAUCCCUAUUUAUUGUAUUUUGU